GAGUGUCGGUCGUCGUUGGACUACUAAAAAAAUUUUCCCCAUAAGUUUUUAAAAUGUCUGCCGUGUAACAUUAGUUUUUGUGGGUGAAACGUUCGUUCGUUCUACGAUUUUUUUAAUUUUUCAUUACUAAAUUGAAACGAAAAGAUCUCAAAAAUAUUAAAAAUAUUUGCAUUAACAUAUGAUUAAUCAUAAUUUAUAUUCAAUUAAAUGAAUAUAAUCGAUUCUUAUUCAAGAAAAUUGAAAAAAUAAAAAGUGCGAGAGAAAAACGACGAAGAAAAAACGGGCCGACAAAUUUUUUUUUCCAUUUCUCCCCCAAUAGAUACAGGAUACAUAAUCUAUAUUUUAUACAGUGCGUGUGUGUGUGUGUGUGUGUGUAGAGGUAGUGUGUACCUCCUUCAUCAACCUACUCUACCACCCUCAAUUUUUUUUUUUUUUUUUAAAUAAAAUAAAGUGAUUUUGAUUGAGAAAAUAAAAUAAAUUUCCAUUUCGAAGGUUUUUGUGUUUAUAUUUGCAUGGAAAAUAUAAGAAAAUUCAAAAAAAUAUUCAAAUAAUGCCACCUACAAAAAAUCUAUCAAAUAUUCCCAUCAGAGACAGUUGCAGGGAAAUUCACCACAAACACAACCAGAACAUCUCCAGCAUCAGCGGCAGAAAAAUUCAUUGAUUUUCGGUUUUCUCUCCAUCCUUUGAUGGUGUGGAGUAGUGUGGUUAGCGGAACACGCCUCGAAUUAACGUGGUAACAUUGUGGUGAUUGAGAUAUCUUGAUAUCUAAUCACACAGAGAGAAAUAAAUUUUGUCUAAAAAAACAAAAUAAAAUUUUACGAUGACCACAUCCACAUAUUGGCAUGAUAUGACGCCGAAACUAUUGCGAGAACUAUGCAUAAGCAAAACACACAUCUUCCUUCUUUUAACAUUGUACGUGAUUGGAAAUCUAAGUGCCUGGCAGGAAAAUGUUCGACCGAAGCUUUAUGUGGAAUUGGGUCCAGAAGACGUGCUAAAGUUUCUCGGAAAUGACACCAUUUUGGAUCACUUUAAACUUGUAACAAAAGAUGGAAAUAGUUUACUUGUGGGUGCGAGAAAUGUUGUGUAUAAUUUGAGUAUACACGACUUAACAGAACAACAAAGACUUUUGUGGUCUUCCCCAGAAAACGACGUAAAGAUGUGCGUCAUGAAAGGAAAAGAUGAGGAGGCUUGCCAAAACUAUAUACGAAUAUUGGUGGUGACAUCGCCCGGAAGAUUACUUGUUUGCGGUACAAAUUCAUUUCGACCCGAAUGCACCUCGUAUGUCAUAAAUGCAAACAAUUACUCCCUGGAGGCGACGAAAAGUGGACAAGCAGUUUGUCCUUACGACCCAAAACACAAUUCAACAUCAGUUUUUGCUGAUAACGAAUUGUAUACGGGCACGGUGGCAGAUUUCAGUGGCAGUGAUCCUAUUAUCUACCGAGAGCCACUCCAGACUGAACAAUAUGAUAGUUUAAGUUUAAAUGCACCAAACUUUGUCAGCUCAUUUACACAGGGUGAUUUUGUGUAUUUUUUCUUCCGAGAAACAGCUGUAGAAUAUAUUAACUGCGGGAAGGCUGUAUAUUCAAGAGUAGCAAGAGUAUGCAAAUGGGAUAAAGGAGGUCCUCAUCGUUUUCGUAAUCGAUGGACAUCUUUUCUCAAAUCCAGACUGAAUUGUUCAAUUCCAGGGGAUUAUCCUUUUUAUUUCAAUGAAAUUCAGUCAGCAAGUAAUCUUGUUGAAGGAAGUUAUGGACAUUCCAAUUCAAAACUCAUAUAUGGAGUUUUUAAUACACCAAUCAACUCAAUACCAGGAUCAGCUGUGUGUGCAUUUAACUUGCAGGACAUUGCUGAUACAUUUGAAGGAAACUUUAAGGAACAAAGUGGUAUCAACUCAAAUUGGCUUCCUGUUAACAGUGCGAAGGUCCCUGAUCCUAGACCAGGCUCAUGUCAUAACGACUCACGUACCCUUCCGGACUUAACAUUGAAUUUCAUAAAAACACAUUCGCUAAUGGACGAAAAUGUUCCAGCGUUUUUCGGUCAACCGAUUCUAGUCAGAACGAGUACAAUCUAUCGUUUUACACAAAUAGCUGUGGAUGCUCAGAUUAAAACUCCUGGAGGCAAAACAUACGAUGUGAUAUUUGUUGGAACGGACCAUGGAAAAAUAAUUAAGUCAGUUAAUGCAGAGUCAGCUGAUUCGAAUAAAAAAGUGUCAUCAGUGGUGAUUGAGGAAAUUGAUGUGUUAACCAAGAGUGAACCGAUUCGAAACUUGGAAAUUGUUCGUACGAUGCAAUAUGAUCAACCCAAGGAAGGAAGUUACGACGAUGGAAAGCUUGUCAUUAUCACCGAUAGUCAAGUACUGGCAAUUAAAUUGCACCGUUGCAACAAUGAUAAAAUAACCAGUUGCAGUGAAUGUGUAGCACUUCAGGAUCCAUAUUGUGCAUGGGACAAAAUUGCUGGCAAAUGUCGUUCUCAUGGCGCUCCCAGAUGGCUGGAGGAAAAUUAUUUUUAUCAAAACGUUGCAACUGGGCAACAUGCGGCGUGUCCAUCAGGUAAAAUCUCAUCGAAGGACGCAAAUGUCGGAGAGCAGAAAGGCUACAGGGACGAUAUGGAUUUAUUGGAUUCCCGACGUGCUGGAAAGGAUCAAGAAAUCAUCAAUAUAAUGCAGGACAAAGACUUUGAAGGUCCACAAAUUUCUGCAGAUAUAAUCAAUGCGCAAUACACUGUUGAAACGCUCGUCAUGGCCGUACUAGCCGGAUCAAUAUUCUCCCUAUUAGUGGGAUUCUUUACAGGAUAUUUUUGCGGUCGACGUUGUCACAAGGAUGAAGAUGAUAAUCUUCCAUAUCCUGACACAGAAUAUGAAUAUUUUGAACAACGUCAAAAUGUUAAUAGGAUUCAUUGUAGAAUUCAAGCCGAACCAAAACUUCUUCCACAAGUUGAAGAAGUGACGUAUGCAGAACCAGUUCUUCUACCUCAGGCGCCUAGUCAGAAUAAAAUUCAACACUCGCCGAAGAACACACUUCGAAAACCAAUGCAUCACCACGGAGCCAACUCCGAAACGCUCUUCCAAUUCCAACCCGAUAAUUUUAAUAAUCGAGAAACAUAUCGUGGCCGUGAUAAUUUUGGUACUCUAAGAUCACAUCAAGGUGACAACUACAGACGAGGCGAUGGUUUUUCGACGACACGAAGCGUAAAAAAGGUAUACCUUUGAGACGGGAGUGGGGCGGCUGAGACCAGUCAGGGACUUAUUACCCAAAAUAUGGCUGUUAACACAAACACACGAAACAGAAGCCUUGGCCGAUUGAGGAGACAGCCGCCCCGUCAUGGUAUUGUAACUCAACACCGUUCAAAUAGUCCCCAAAAUUCAAGUUCGGGAUCAUCGCCUGUUAUGUCAAAUAGUAGUUCUAGUCCAGCACCACCAUCCAGUAGUCCAAGUCCACAAGAAAGCCCAAAGAAUUGUAGCUAUAUAUACCGUGAUUGAUUGAUAUGCAACACUAAAUCCAUGCCACUCAUAAAAUCAGCCACCUCAACUACCAUCAUCACAACAUCAUCAAAACCAACAACAACAAAAACAACAACUUCAUCACCAACAAAGUCGUUUAUUCAUAAUAAUCAACAUCAUCAUCAUCAACAUCAUCAGCAGCAGCAGCCAUUAGCCAAUAAUUCAAAUGAAACAUAUUUCAUGAAUGAGGCACCUACAUCGACUGCAACCACCACCGCCAAAAAGACUUUCUAUCAACAUGAUGAUGAUGAUGAUGAUGAUUAUGUUAAUAUUGAUAAUAAUGAUGAUGAUGACAAUGACAGUGGCGUACACGAUAACAAUAGUGGCAAACCAACAACAACAACAACAACAUCAUCCUCCUCCAUGACAAUGCGAUUUCCUAGCAUAUCUUCAGCCAACAACAAAAUUAAUCAAUGCUUCAAAUUAACUCCGUCUAAUAAUAAAGGUUUAAUGAUAUUAACUGACAAGGAAUCAUUUAGCAUCGGCAGCAAUAAUGAUGAUGAUGAUGAUAACAAUGAAGACAAAACACCCACAAACACGAAUAUGACCACGAAUACAAAUACAACGCCAACCACAUCGUCAGGAUUGGCCUGCUAUAACCCAAUUAAUAGUAUGAAACUGCCAACAGCUAUAUUUUCGCCGCAAUUCAAUGAGAAUCUCGCAACACUUAAUCGCAAAUGGACGAAAUUUAAUCGUCGCAGCCAUCGUCGUCGCAAUAGUAGCUCUGGUGAUUCCAAAGAGCUUGAUAAACUAGUCCUUAAAUCAAUGGAAUGGGACGAUAAUGAUAUAUAUUAAUUAAUUAAUUAAAUUAAUUAAAAAAAAAUUAAAUUAUUAUGUAAUUUUAUUUUUUUUUUUAAACAAAUUGACAGAAUCACAAGGAAAUAAUAAAAUAAACAAAAAAUAAAAACUCCUCCACUUUCAAAUGCAAAAUAAUAUAAAUUAAAGAAAUAGAUUAAUAAUUUAAUUACGAAAAAAUCAUUAUAUACUUACCAAAAAUUAAAAUAAAAAAAAAAACAUGUAAUAUAUUAAACAAUCAUAUAAAAUACAUAUAUGGGGAAAAAGCCUAUCAAACUUCCUUUAAACUCAUUUACAUACUAAAUUAGUAUAAAAAAAAAAUAAAUAAAAGUUUUACAUAAACUAAACAUUUUUAGAUAAAAUAAAUAAAAAAAAAAAAAACAAAAAUGUAACGUAAGCUUAAAAUCAAGUAAGACACACAAAUACACUCAAAACACACUCACA